ACUGACGGGAGCGGAGUUGAUUUGGGUGUUGGUGUACAUUUGUGUUUAUUUCUGCCAGUGCCGGUUGUAAUGCGUAAAUUAUUUUUGCAUAAAGCCUGGUUUACUUGAGUUUCUGAGAUUUAUAUGCUUCGGAAGCGCUGAAAAGUAGAGAAGCAUGGCGGAUCGCAAAGCAGAACUUGAAAGGAAGAAGGCAAAAUUGCAGGCCCUUCGUGAAGAGAAAGAAAGACGUCGAAUUGAAAAAGCACAGAAAGAUGCCGAGGAGGUUGCAAUUAGAGCUGUCAGUUCUGAAAAGGAUCAGCGGAAGGAACUGGACCAAAUGUUAAGCUCACUGGGUGUGGCACCGGUUUCAGAUGUCCUUUCGAGCCUUUCCAGUCUGUCAAGUCUGACACCAGAACAGAGUGCAAAUGGCACUCCUGACUCCAGCCUGCAGCUACAUACAGCACCUCCUGCUGCCUCAAACAAGCGACGAGCCAGUCAGCUGAGUGUUGUCAGUGUGCAAAGUACCAAUAUUCCUCCACGUGAAAUGGUCACAUAUGCCAAGCAGACACAGACUGUUUCCUCAGGCCAUGAAAGGGACGGAUCAUCUUCAUCUUCUUCCCCCCUCAAAGGCUACUUCGAAGACUGGUGGAGGCCACGCAAAGCUCACGCAUUCGACUAUUACGACGAGUACAAUCUAAAUCCUGGUUUAGAGUGGGAAGACGAGUUUACAGCGGAAGAUGAGGAGAGCUCUCUGCCACAUUUGGACGGCUUCCAGAGCAAACUGCCACCAGGCAUUCUUCCCCAUGGCCUGCCACAGGUGAAGGAAGUACAGCCAGCCCUCACAUCAUUGGAAAAUGCACCUCCUAAACAGGAACCUGCCAAACAAGUGCGAGAAUUGUCUGAAGAGGAGAAGCAGAUGACAAUCCUUACUGAAGAGUUCCAGAGGUUUCUGGAUCGUGCCGGCCGUUUGAUGGAGCGAGCUGUAUCUGAAAGUGUCGACAUCUACACAGACUACACUGGAGUAGCGGACGGCGAUGAAGCAGGGGAUGAGAAGUCUGGCCUGCGAUUAUCAUUGAACCGUUGCUUCUAUGAUGAUCGUUGGUCACGUAAUCGCUGUUUGACUUCACUGGAUUGGUCACCUCAAUACCCAGAACUUCUAGUAGCUAGCUACCAUAACAAUGAAGAUUCACCCAAUGAUCCGGAUGGUGUGUGCCUAAUUUGGAACACAAAGUUUAAGAAGACAACCCCAGAAUACAUUUUCCAUUGCCAAUCUCCAGUUCUGGCUGCAACAUUUGCUAGGUUCCAUCCCAAUCUGGUGCUUGGCGGAACAUAUUCAGGACAGAUUGUCCUGUGGGAUAACCGUGUGCAGAAGAGGACCCCAAUACAGCGCACGCCUCUGUCAACAUCAGCGCACACUCAUCCUGUGUAUUGCCUAAGUGUGGUUGGGACCCAGAAUGCACAUAACUUGAUAAGCGUGUCUACGGAUGGGAGACUGUGUUCAUGGAGUCUGGAUAUGCUUUCCCAGCCACAGGAGACUCUAGAGUUGCAGCACAAGCAAGGCAAACCCAUAGCAGUGACAUGUCUUGCUUUUCCACAUGGUGACGUCAACAACUUCAUCGUAGGAAGUGAAGAAGGGUCUGUGUACACAGCGUGCCGCCACGGUAGCAAGGCUGGCGUAACGGAGACAUACGAGGGACAUCAGGGCCCAGUGACUGGAAUCUCUGCCCAUUCAGUUCAGGGAGCAAUUGACUUCUCCCAUCUUUUCCUAACAUCAUCAUUUGAUUGGACUGUGAAGUUAUGGAGUGUGAAGGAGAACCGACCCCUGUACUCAUUCGAAGACAAUGGAGACUACGUGUAUGACGUAGCUUGGUCACCUGUUCACCCUGCGCUCUUUGCUACUGUGGAUGGUACUGGACGUCUUGAUCUUUGGGACUUGAACCAGGAUACAGAGGUACCCACAGCCAGUGCCCUGGUGGAGGGUGCACCUGCACUCAACAGGGUAUCCUGGACACCGUCAGGGCUUCACGUGACAGUCGGUGAUGAUAUGGGGAAGAUAUGGGUGUACGAUGUGGGAGAGCAACUGUCACAGCCACGAAUUGAUGAUUGGAGCAAGUUUGUAUACACACUGCAAGAGCUGAAGAACAACCAAGCAGAUGAAGAGAUUGACAAAUUGAACCUGAGCUCCUCGGGCCCAUCUAGCCUUGGAAAUUUAGCGUCUCUCUCUCCCAACCCAUUGCGUUAGGAUUUUACGUUCUCAUACCUGCAUGGAGUUAGUACUGUAUUCUGUCAUUACCACUAAAAGAGCUGUAAUCCUCUUUUGGGUUCAUGUUUAGUAUUCCAAUCGUUGCUGUACAGAUUGAAGACACUUUCUGAAAUGUGGUCAAUUGCCAUUUUGUAAGCCGCUGUUUGCCUUAAAGAAUGUUAGUGGCUUCAUGGUUGCAACUUCUGGCUGCAUUCCAACGGUAUCCAGCUGCUUUUCUUUGUGUCAAUUCGAUGAAGCUUCUAGUGACCACAGUCAUGUUAAAGACAAGCUCGUUAACCAGUGGAGAAUUACUUUUUGCUUAUUGUAUUAUUUCCAGUAAUUGACUCAGUGAAGUUUAAAAGGAACUUUGUUGUGGCUUCAUUUUGACAUAUGUAAAUUAAAUUGCUUGUAAGUAAUUGUGUUCUCAGUAUAAAAUAAUUUAUUGCUAGAAUUGGUUUUAAUUAUGGUGCUGUUAUGUUACAACUUUAUGAUUCAGUAAUUUGUACAAUAAAAUAUGGAAGGAAAGUAUUUAUAAUCGUAAAUGGCA